UUUUUUUCUGUCUUUUUUUCAGAGCCUUUCUUCACAGAGUUGUUGUCUCCAUUAAUGGCGUCAGAGAAAUCUAGCUCCAAGGGCCAAGCAUGGUUUUGUACAACUGGCUUACCUAGCGACAUUGAAAUCGAAGUUGAUGACAUGACAUUCCAUCUCCACAAGUUUCCACUCAUGUCAAAGAGCAGGAAACUUCACAGGUUGAUUACAGAGCAAGAGACUAGAUCUUGUUCCAUGGCGCUAAUAACUGAAACGGACCCAAAAGUAGAAGAGAGUGACAAGAAAGGUAAAGGCCAUGAGAUCGAGGACGAUGAAGAAAAAGAAGAAGAAGUAGACGAAGAGCAAGAGAUCGAAGAAAAUGGCUAUCCUCACAUAAAACUCGAGGACUUCCCCGGAAGUUCAGAGAGCUUCGAGAUGGUGGCCAAGUUCUGCUACGGCGUCAAGAUGGACCUCUCUGCAUCCACUGUUGUUCCACUUCGUUGCGCCGCCGAACACCUCGAAAUGACGGAAGAGUAUUCACCGGAUAACCUAAUUUCCAAGACUGAGAUGUUUCUCUCUCAUUCCGUCUACAAGAGCUUGCGAGAAUCCAUUAAAGCUCUCAAAGCUUGUGAAUCAGUCUCAACUUUAGCCGGAUCGCUUGGUAUAACGGAACAGUGCAUCGAGUCUAUCGUCUCCAGAGCUUCCUCAGCUGAUCCUUCUCUCUUCGGUUGGCCUGUAAACGACGGCGCCACCGAUCUUCAACUAAUCCCCGGCGGCGCAGCGAAAUCUCGAAAGAAACAGAGUAGAGAUUCGAACAUGGAGCUGUGGUUUGAAGAUCUGACGCAACUGAGUCUUCCGAUCUUCAAAACUGUGAUCCUGUCAAUGAAAUCAGGAGAUCUGAGCUCCGAUAUCAUAGAGAGCUGUUUAAUUUGUUACGCUAAAAAGCACAUUCCCGGAAUUCUACGUUCUAACCGGAAACCGCCAUCGUCAUCUUCAACUGCAGUGUCAGAGAAUGAACAGAGAGAACUACUGGAGACUAUAACCUCUAAUCUUCCAUUAGAUAAAAGCUCAAUCUCCUCAACAACGAGAUUCCUCUUCGGCUUAUUACGAACCGCAAUCAUCCUCAACGCCUCCGAGACUUGCCGUGAUCUGCUGGAGAGAAAGAUCGGAACACAGCUAGAGAGAGCCACACUCGAUGACCUGCUCGUCCCUAGCUACUCAUACCUCAACGAGACUUUGUACGAUGUUGAUUUGGUAGAGAGAAUCUUAGGUCACUUUCUCGACACCUUGGAACAGUCAAACACCGCCGUAAUCGAAGCUGACGGAAAAUCUCCGUCGCUUAUGCUCGUCGGGAAAUUAAUCGACGGAUUUCUCGCUGAGAUCGCAUCCGACGCUAAUCUCAAAUCGGAUAAAUUUUUCAAUCUAGCCAUCUCACUCCCAGAUCAAGCUCGUCUCUACGAUGACGGACUUUACAGAGCCGUCGACGUAUAUCUCAAGGCGCAUCCAUGGGUGCGUGAUGGAUUGUCAGAAACUGACGUUGGAAGCGUGACGUUGGAAGCGUGCACACACGCCGCGCAAAACGAGCGGCUUCCGCUACGAGCCGUCGUACAAGUUCUCUUCUUCGAGCAGUUACAGCUCCGGCAUGCGAUCGCCGGGACGUUAUUAGCAGCUCAAUCUCCGUCUCCGUCAGGAACAAGAAAUCUGACGAUAACGGAAACAGUAACGGAAGAGGAUGGUGAUGCAGUGAAAGGAGAAGGACAGGUGGACGCUGGGAAAUGGAAGAAGACGGUGAGAGAGAAUCAGGUGCUUCGCUUGGAUAUGGAUACGAUGAGGACGCGUGUUCACCGGUUAGAGAGAGAGUGCUCCAAUAUGAAGAAAGUGAUCGCGAAGAUUGAUAAAGAUGGUUCAUCACCGGCGACGACGACUGAUCGGCCGAGAAGUUGGUCGAUUACCAAAAAAUUCGGAUGUAAAUUCAAGACACAGGUCUGCGAUUCGCACGAGGCUACGAUGGUUGAUCAUAGAUCACGACGGUCUUGAAUUGUUUUCGAUUGAUUUUAAUACUUUUUAGUUCAGAAUCAGAGCGCAUAUUUAUUGUGAUUCUUUGAUAUUAAUUUUAAUCAAUCCUUCAAGACAAAUGUGAAACGUUUUGACUUUUGAGUUUUGUGGUAUUAUUAUUAACUGAAAUAAAAGUAGUUAAGGCCCAAA